UUUUAAUUAAAUGUGAUUACAGACUAAUCACAAUUUUGCUUGAUUAUUUUGGUAUCAUGUCUGUGUUUUAGUUGGGAAGUGAAGUCAUGGUCUACGAUCGUUAUAAAACCCGUAUCCAAACACUUGGUUUAGGUUUACCAAAACGUCUUCAGAAAUAAGUUGUAAGGACAAAAGCCUUACGAAGUACAAACACAUAGACACUGUUUGAGUGGAACCCUAAAUGGCUUCGAAGUUCGGGUUGGCCGGUGGAAUACCGGAGCGGAGGGUUCGUCCGAUAUGGGACGCCAUCGAUUCUCGUCAGUUUAAGAUCGCUCUGAAGCAAUCCACUGCUUUGCUAGCUAAAUUCCCCAACUCACCUUACGCUCUUGCGCUGAAGGCUCUCGUUUUGGAAAGAAUGGGUAAAUUUGAUGAAGCUUUAUCUGUUUGUUUAAAUGCCAAAGAGGUGUUGUAUAAGAAUGAUGCCAAUUUGAUGGAUGAUCUCACUCUCAGUACUCUUCAGAUUGUUUUCCAGCGACUUAAUCACUUGGACUUGGCUACUGCCUGUUAUGAGCAUUCUUGUGGGAAAUUUCCAAACAAUUUGGAGCUAAUGAUGGGGCUUUUCAACUGUUAUGUUCGUGAAUAUUCAUUUGUGAAGCAGCAGCAGACAGCUAUCAAAAUGUACAAGCUUGUUGGUGAAGAAAGGUUUUUGCUCUGGGCAGUCUGUAGCAUCCAGUUACAGGUGUUAUGUGACAAUGGCGGUGAGAAGCUGUUACUCUUAGCUGAAGGUUUGCUUAAGAAACACAUUGCUUCACAUAGCUUACAUGACCCCGAAGCUCUUACAGUCUACAUUUCUAUAUUGGAACAACAAGCCAAGUAUGGUAAUGCUUUGGAAAUGCUCUCUGGAGAAUUAGGAUCGCUUUUAAUGAUUGAGGUUGAUAAGCUACGCAUGCAGGGGAGGCUUCUUGCUAGGCAAGGUGACUACACUGCUGCUGCUAAAAUAUAUCAGAAAAUUUUAGAACUAAGCCCUGAUGAUUGGGAAUGUUUCCUACACUAUCUAGGCUGUUUGCUAGAGGAUGAUAGUAGUUGGUGCAAUGGAGCUAAUAGUGAUCCUAUUCAUCCACCAAAAUUAGUAGACUGCAAGUUUUCGCACUUGACUGAUGAAAUGUUUGACUCUCGUAUAUUGAGCUUCAACUUUUGUACAAAAGUUAAUAGCAGAACCACUAAUAAUUUAUUAAGGGGUCCAUCCUUGGCAAAUCUUGAAAUUGAAAGGCGGAAGCUCUUAUAUGGAAAAAACAAUGAUAAAGAGUUGAUGGAGACUCUAUUACAAUAUUUUUUAAGGUUUGGUCACUUGGCCUGCUUCACUUCUGAUGUUGAGAAGUUUCUUCUGGUUUACCUUGAUAAGAAGACUGAACUUUUGGAGAAGUUAACUAAAAGCGCAAGCUCCUUCAAUAGUGCCAAUUAAGUUGGGCAGUCUAUAACACUUUGGAAAAUUCAAGAAAUGAUUGGAAACAUGUACAAGCUGGCUGUCAGUGGUGUAACUGAGCACACUGCUCUUCAAAUGACUGAGAUGUAUUGUAAAAACCUAGCACUAUCUAAGGACUUGGAUCCGCAAGAGAGCAUGCACGGUGAGGUGCUAUCAAUGUCAUGCAAUGUGUUGGUUCAGUUAUUUUGGCGUACAAGAAACUUUGGCUACUUCAUGGAAGCAAUAAUGGUGUUGGAGUUUGGAUUGAAUAUAAGAAGACAUGCGUGGCAGUACAAGAUCUUAUUGGUGCACUUAUAUUCACACUUGGGUAUCAUUUCAUUAGCAUAUGAUCGGUAUAAAGCUCUUGAUGUGAAGAACAUCUUGAUGGAAACUGUUUUACAUCACAUUUUUCCCCAGCUAAUGGAAUCUCCCCUCUGGGUGGAUUUAAAUAACCUGCUGAAAGAUUAUCUCAAGUUUAUGGAUGAGCACUUCAGAGAAUCUGCAGAUCUUACAUUUCUUGCAUACCGCCACAGAAAUUACUCAAAAGUAAUUGAAUUUGUUCAAUUUAAAGAACGAUUGCAGCACUCUAGUCAGUAUUUAGUGGCAAGGGUAGAAUCAUCCAUUCUACAGCUAAAGCAGAAUGCGGAUGACAUUGAAGACGAAGAGAGUGUUCUCAAGAGCAUGAAAUGCGGGAUUCACUUUGUUGAGCUCUCUAAUGAGAUUGGAUCCAAAUCUGUGACUUUCAAUGAAGAUUGGCAGUCACGACCUUGGUGGACACCAACUCCAGAGAAGAAUUAUCUUUUAGGUCCGUUUGAAGGAAUCUCUUAUUGUCCUAAGGAGAACUUGAUGGAAGAAAGGGAAACAAAUGUAAGAAGAGUAAUUGAGAAGAAAUCCCUUCUCCCUCGGAUGAUAUAUCUAUCUAUUCAGAGUGCUUCGGCAUCCAUUAAGGGUAACUUUGAAGCUAAUGGCUCUUUAUCUGACCCAAAAGUUUCCCCAGAGCUGAAGGACUUGCUUGAGUGCUAUGCAAAGAUGUUGGGAUUUUCUUUAAGUGAUGCAAUAGAAGUGGUUGUGGGAGUUUCUAAUGGCCUCAAGUCUUCCGGAGCUUUUGGUGCGAACAUGGUGGACUGGUUGAAUUUUGCUGUUUUUUUGAAUGCAUGGAACUUGAAUUCUCAUGAAGUUGAGCGGCCUGAUGUGAAUGGAUGUGGGCCUUUGUCUUGGAAUAUUGUGAAUUCUCUGCUGGAGAAUUGCAUUCUUGAGAAGGUUAGGUACAUGGAAUCUCUCAUAUGCUCUCCACCCAGUGAUCUUCCUAUUUUGGUGAAAAUGGUCACAGAACCAUUGGCUUGGCACACUCUUGUAAUCCAGUCCUGUGUCAGAUCUUCUGUUCCAUCUGGAAAGAAGAAGAAGAAAAGUGGGACUGCGGAUCAAUCUCUCUCUCCAGUUUGUCAUGCAAUUCGGGACUCAAUACGAUCCACACAUGGCAUACUGGAAGAUGUUGCAAAAUGGUUAGGGCAUCACGUCAAGAAGUCGGAGGAUGAAAACUUAGAUAUCAUAUUCUCCUCCCUUCAGAGAAAUGGACAGGAUGAAGGUCCUGGGCAGGUUUUCCAGGCUCUCGGAACAUAUAUCUCAUCCAUUAAUGAGACAGAACUUGGUGAUCGUACUUCCCAAGCUCUGAAAUCUUGGAGUCCUGUUGAUGUUGCGAGGAAACUAGUAUCUGGGCAGCGUGCUGUACUGUCCGAAUUUCUUCGAAUUUGUCAAUCGAAAAUAAAGUCAUUGCAAGCAAUGCAACAGCAGAUGGCACAAGUUUGAAGAGAGAUUUUGGUGGUGACAGUGACACUGAAGUUUUUAUUAAUUUAUUUAUUUAUUUUAAUGUUUGGAGCUCCUUUUUGGGCUCUUUGAUUGAAGCUUUAGAGGCUUACUUUGGUCCAAAAUCUUCAGCAGCAGCGAGCCUGGGAAGAGUUUGGAU